CGGCGCGCGCCACACGGGAGUAGCUCCAGCGUGCAUGAGGUUUCUUUUUUCUUUUUUUUUUCUUUUUUUCAUUCCCCAAACUUAAACAAAGUCCUAAAUGAUGGAGGAGCGUCUGAGGCGCGGGUCCUUCAUCAGAUUUGGGAAGCUGGGUCAAGAGCAGCGCGUCGCCCGGGCGCGUCAUUGAACUUGCUGGGCGUCUUUUUUUUCUUUUCUUCCGGUGCGCCACACACGUCCACGAUGCUUGGGGCGCCCCACUAACAAUGGGCGUGUCGGAGUCUAACUCCAGCGGAAACUUGACCCUGGCGGUGUCCGAGGCGGGCACGGUGCUCCCGGGCUACCUGGCGCUGAUGGUGUCCGUGCUGAUGGUGACACUGGUGGUCACAGUGGUGGCGGGCAAUGCGCUGGUCAUCUUGGCUUUCAUUGUGGAUAAAACCCUGAGAACUCAGAGCAACUACUUCUUUCUCAAUCUGGCCAUAUCUGAUUUCCUAGUGGGUGCCUUCUGCAUCCCAGUGUACAUCCCGUACAACCUGACGGGCAGGUGGAUGCUGGGUAAGGGUCUCUGCAAGGUGUGGCUGGUCAUGGACUACCUGCUCUGCACCGCCUCUGUCUUCAACAUCGUCCUCAUCAGUUACGACCGCUUCCUGUCAGUCACCAGAGCUGUGAAAUACAGAGCACAGCGUAACAUGACCCGCCAGGCUGUGUUGAAGAUGGUGGCCGUGUGGGCGCUUGCCUUCCUACUCUAUGGCCCUGCCAUCAUCUUCUGGGAGGCGCUGGUAGGCCAGAGCGUGGUGCCGGCCCAUGAGUGCUACGCUGAGUUCUACUUCACCUGGUACUUCCUCCUCAGCGCCUCCACCUUCGAGUUCUUCACCCCCUUUGUGUCGGUGGCCUUCUUCAACCUGAGCAUCUACUUGAACAUCCAUCGGCGCAACAAGAGCCUGGCGGUCUGCCCCGAGGACGCCACCAAGCCACCGAAGAGCUGCAAGAGGCAGCGAGAAGGCGUCGCCUGGUCUGUGUUUUUUGUCAAGACGCGUAAGGUGUCAUGCAGCGAGCCCACCGCCAUCUCUGCCGUCAUCGAGGACGACGAUGUCCUCUCGGCUUCCUCCAGCGGGAAACCCCAUACGAGUCAGGUAGUGGCUCAGAGGGAGAAGCUCUCCCCGGCGAGAAGGAACUCCAGGCUCUUCCAGCCGUCACCGUCCAUGGUGGCGCCGGGCCGCCGGGUGCAAGGAUCCCGUCUCUCCAGAGACAUCAAGGUCGCCAAGUCAUUGGCCGUCAUCGUGUGCACUUUUGGGAUUUGCUGGGCGCCUUACACCCUCUUGAUGAUCAUCCGUGCUGCCUGUAGCGGCACCUGCGUGGCCGAUUACUGGUACGACAUCACGUUCUGGCUGCUGUGGCUCAACUCGGCCAUCAACCCGUUCUUGUACCCGCUGUGCCACAGCAGCUUCCGAAGGGCUUUCUCCAAGAUCCUGUGUCCCAAGAGACAAUCCAUCCAGCCUCAGAUAGAGGCGCAGUCUUGUUAAGAGCAAAUGCUCUUGCAAACUUGACCAAUGCAAAAACUGACAAACUGUGUAAAAAAAACAACAAGUUCUUGUUCUUCCAUCCAAAAAAUAGGAAAAGUGAGGAUGCUCAAAGCACACCUUGAUGGUAUUAUGUAAUACAACAAAGAUAUAGAAUGAGUGCAUGCCUCUGCCAAGGCUGAACAACCCAAAAACCCAAAAGGAAUCACAUAUUUGCACUACUUAUCUGCUUACUUACCCGCCAUGGGGUCCAACAGUCUUACAGUGGAACCCCAAAGAUCAAACAUAAUUCAGAAUUCAAAAUUCAAGACAAUUUUCCCUUAAUAAAUCCUAAUUAUCAUCAUCGUCAAGUGUAUUCAUGGAUUCUAGGGUCAAACUGUCACUAUCAUAAGAUUGUUAUGUUAUCAACUGUACAGGCAGUUUUAAGUAAUAUAUUAUUGGUUAGACGAGUAGAAAAAAAAACAAGUAAACAAAGAUAUAUUAAAAUCAAAACAAAUUCAAACUACUCACCCUAUAAUGAACACACAUGUUUAAGUGAGACCUUGUGCGUCUCGCUACCUGUCAUUCAAAGACAAAACAGAAGUUACCCGCUGUAUAGUAAUACUUCAACACUCUAACUUGUACUCACCUUAGAUGUGCAGAGGAAGAAUUACUGCAUCUGAGGUGACUCUCUUCACAUUGCACUUUUUCACUUGCUGUGGCAGCGUCACAACCCCCCCCCCCCAAAAAAAGCCAAAGAAAGUUACAUACAUUCUGCAUGAGGCAUGUAUGAUAACAGUUUUACUUCAGUAUUUUUGUGCAUCUUUAGAUAGCAGUGUUUCGCGUACAUUAAUUUGUUUGUGAUGAUCUGCCACUAAUAUAUUUUGAACCGCCACAGAUAGAUUUGGCACUAGGGUUUUUUUGUUUUGUUUUGUUUUAAAGAUCUGGCACCUGUUCGUCCUUGCAAACACAUUACAAUGGGACUCUGUGUGUAGCUUGUUCUUACAACUCUGUCCAAUAGAUAGUAUUGGAAUUCUGCUUCUUAACACACCUCAAACGUGCAUACCACAACUGACUUGGUCACACAUUAUAACGCAUCUGUUCAUUAAUGUAGUGAGAUAUUCAACGUAAAAGGAUCCCUGACAUGAUUCAUCAACUUUGCUUAAAUAUGUUGUAUAUUGUUUAUAAUUAGUUAAUUUAAUUUAAUUAAAUUCUUCUUCUUCUUUUCCUUUCGGCUUUUCCCUUCAGGGGUCGCCACAGCCAAUCAAUUGCCUCCAUCUAACCCUGUCUUCUGCAUCCUCUUCUCUCACACCAACUACCUUCAUGUCCUCUUUCACUACAUCCAUAAACCUCCUCUUUGGUCUUCCUCUAGGCCUCCUGCCCGGCAGUUCCAAACUCAGCAUCCUUGUACCUACAGAAUAUAUUCCCUAUCUCUCCUCUGGACAUGUCCAAACCAUCUCAGUCUGGCCUCUCUGACUUUAUCUCCAAAACCUCUAACAUGUGCUGUCCCUCUGAUGUACUCAUUCCUGAUCCGAUCCUUCCUGGUCACUCCCAGAGAAAACCUCAGCAUCUUCAUCUCUGCUACCUCCAGCUCUGUCUCCUGUCUUUUCCUCAUUGACACUGUCUCUAGACCAAACAACAUCACUGGUCUCACCACAGUUUUGUACACCUUUCCUUUCAUUUUAGCUGAAACUCUUCUAUCACACAUCACACCUGACACUUUUCUCCACCCGUACCAUCCUGACUGUACACGCUUCUUCACCUCUUUUCCACAGUCUGUCCAUCACCAUAGCGAACAAGAAGGGGCUCAGAGCUGAUCCCUGAUGCAGUCCCACCUCCACCUUGAACUCCUCUGUCACACCUACAGCACACCUCACCACUGUCUUACAGUCCUCAUACAUGUCCUGCACCGCUCUAACAUACUUCUCUGCCACUCCAGACUUCCUCAUACAAUACCACAGUUCCUCUCUGGGCACCCUGUCAUAAGCUUUCUCCAGAUCUACAAAACACAAUGCAGCUCCGUCUGGCCUUCUCUGUACUUCUCUAUCAACAUCCUCAAAGCAAAUACUGCCUUUGUAGUACUCUUUUUUGGCAUGAAACCAUACUGCUGCUCACAAAUGCUCACUUCUGCCCUUAGUUUAGCUUCAACUACUCUUUCCCAUAACUUCAUGGUAUGGCUCAUGAGCUUUAUUCCUCUGUAGUUGCCACAGCUCUGCACAUCUCCCUUGUUCCUAAAAAUGGGCACCAGCACACGUCUCCUCCAUUCCUCAGGCAUCUUUUCAUUAUCAAAGAUCCUGUUGAACAACUCAGUCAGAAACUCUACUGCCACCUCUCCUAGACACUUCCAAACCUCUACAGGUAUAUCAUCAGGACCGACGGCCUUUCCACUCUUCAUCCUCUUCAAUGCCCUCCUCACUUCAUCCUGACUAAUCUUUGCUACUUCCUGGUCCACAAAAGUCACCUCUUCUAGUCUUUGUUCUCUCCCAUUUUCCACGUUCAUCAGCUCUUCAAAGUACUCUUUGCAUCUUCCCAUCACACUACUGGCACUUGUCAAUAGACUUCCAUCCCUAUCCUUAAUCACCCUAACCUGCUGCACGUCCUUCCCUUCUCUGUGUCUCUGUCUUGCCAACCUGUAUAGAUCAGUCUAUCCCUCCUUACUAUCCAACCUCACAUGCAAGUCAUCAUAAGCCCCUUGUUUGGCCUUUGCUACCUCUACUUUCACCUUACGCUGCAUCUCCCUGUACUCCUGUCUACUCACCUCAGUCCUCUCAGUGUCCCACUUCUUCUUAGCUAACCUCUUUCUCUGUAUACACUCCUGUACCUCCUCAUUCCACCACCAAGUCUCCUUGUCUACUCAAGGUACUCUACUACUUGUCUCCCUGAUCACAUUAGCUGUAGUUGUCCAGUCAUUUGGAAGCGCCUCCUGACCCCUCAGAGCCUGUCUUAACUCCUUCCUAAAAGUCAUGCAACACUCUUCCUUUUUCAGCUUCCACCAUUUCGUCCUCUGCUCUGUCUUUGUCCUCUUAAAUAAAAUAAAAUAAAUUAAUUCAUAUAGUUCUACAUUAUUCGAAUAGUAAAUUUGCAGUAAAUUUUAUAGGUCAUGGCGCUAGCCAUGAUGAACUAGCGCUCACGGUUAAGCCUCAUUUCCGGAAGUGACAUCAUCGGAGCAAUAUCACUCAGGUCAACAAACAUGGCGGUGAAUGAGACGGAGGAUGUUUACAGUGAUUAUAGGGAAGAUUUAGGCAACGUGAUGUGUCAAUAGUUUUCCAGGAGGAGGAAACAUUUGGAGAUGAAAUAGAGAACUUGCAGAACAUGGACUUAAGCCUUAGAACAUGGAGAUGAAACCUUCAAAACACAGAAUGGUAAGUGUAAAUUAGUUUGGAGUUGCUUAUCCUUCAAUUAUUGUUUUAAAUUGGCUUCUUAAUAAAGCCUAAAUGGGGUUUUAUAGCCUGUUUUAUUAUACAUGUGGCCGUGCGUUUUUGCAGCCUUGUCGCUAUCGUGGAAUACUGUGAACAGUGUAAACAAGACAUGACGUAGUGGUCGUUCUUCGUUGUCUUGUUUUUUUUCCCGUGUACCGGCGGAAUAGCAUCCUUUUUCAAAAUGCGUUUAUACCGUAAUUUCAAGCCAAAUGCUUCUUGUAAAGGUGUUCCUUCGAAGCAGUCAUCGGUGAAAUGAUCUGCAAACAGCAGAAAGAACUCGAGGUGGGCGUCCAUCCGUAUCUCGUUCUGUGCACUUGCUUCGUCUUAAACCUUCCUCUUUUGGAAAAGAAAACAAACUCACAGUAUCACUUGGAUUCUAUGAACAUCCAGCAGCAACUAGCAUUUUGGCAUGAUUACUAUUUUGAUGAAAAAUAUACUGAACCAAGUCGACAAUCUACCUUGAGAAGUGUUUAUUUACUCUGCUUUAGCUGAGGGGUGUUGCCUCGAUGACAACGACACUUCUGGAAAUGAGGCUGAGCUGCGAGCUAGUUUGUUAUGGCUGGCACCCUGAACUAUAAAUGUAAUUUUUGCGAAUUUAAUGUUUGCUUUCAAAAAUUGAACAAUGUAGAACAUAAUUACAAACGAUAUAUACCACAUUUAAGCAAAGUUGAUGAAUCAUGACAGGGACACUUUAAAAUCAGUGCACACUUACAUACAGUAGAGCCCAGGAAACAUCAUGAAUGUUUUUUUAAUCGCCCAUGCAUGUUACGAGGCGCAUGCUUGAAAUGAAAUCAACACCCGUAAGUUAAUAACUUCAUGUUCUGCUGUUAAAUAAUGUCUUAUGACACAAACCAAAAACCAGUCCACACAAAACACUGAGUCUGAGUUUUUAAAAAUCUCUCACUCUGGCCGGAGUUUUGCGUCAUGGCCAAUUAUUGUUGCCAUUAGAUGAUGCGACCCUAUGCCAUACGGUACAUAUAUUGCAGUCAUGUGGGAAAGACUGGAUGUUUUUUUCCCAAAAUUCUGGGUCUUGUACAACUUUUAUGCACAUUGGAAUUUUGAGGUUCCACUGUAAUUUGGAUUUUUUUGGAAAAAUCUUGAAUUUGAACAUUAGUUUUGCGCAAGAUUUAUGUAGAAAUCGAGGCUAAGUGUAUAAGAAAGUGAAGAAAAGUUGUCCUGCUAACAAACAACCACACCCACCUUGGCGGAGGUAAAAUCGUGGGACUCUUACGGCGCCUUAAAAGUAAAAAAAAAAGGUACAAUCACUGUCAGUGAAAGCGUAUUCAUGAUAUUUGUUGAUGUGGAAAUGCAUGCGAACGUUCACAGACAAUCUCCCUGUGCAUUAAGCCUUCCAACCACUGUGUGUGUCUAACUAAGUGAUGACAAUAAUUCAGUCGAAGAUGUUUUACAUUUUUAAUAUCCCCAGCGGACGGCACAAUUUGUCUCCUCAGUAUGGAAUACUGUGUGGCCCGUAAGGAAAAUAUUUGGAACACAUGGGAGCUUGUCACCAGGCAGCAAUAUAAUGAUGAAUGUGGAGUGUCAAACACUGAAGAGCUCAAAAGAAAGUAGCUCACUUUUGUUUCCUCAAUAUUGAAUGUCCGUCUUUAUUUCCUUUCCGCCGCAGUGAUGUUUUCUGGUUUGAUGUGAAAAGUUGGCCGAGGUGAAACCCGCCAACGCUAAAAAUCUGCACUUAAUAAGGCCGUUGUCUCCUUGGCGACGCUCCAAAUGUACAGCACAAUAGCAAACGUUGCUGGGGGCAACGUUUUUUUUUGUACAAAAAAGAAAAUAUAUACCUAUGCUAACUCAAUGUUUAAAUAGUUGUGUUCUUUCAAUGCAGUAAGUAUUAUUCAAAGACUUGACUUGUUUCUACCACCCCCACAAAACAGCGCUUGACUACUUUGUACCUUGGCGAUGAAUGUGUGUCUGUGUAAGUAGCCAAAGAAAAAAUAAAGACAAGACUGACUACAAGAGUGGACGCUUGGAAGGAGUAUAUUUUCUCAUCAAGAACGGGACAUUACCUGACAUUUAGCAGGCUAGCUAGCUUAUCUUAGCAAAAAUAGGCUGCGGUCUGCAGUUCUUUUUAUAUUUGUUAGUAGUGAAGAAAAAAAGGUUCAAAAUCACAUGAAAAAAAGCUUUCAAACAGUACAUUUUGAGUUGAAAUAACUUACAUGUUAGCAAAAUCAUUCAACGUUAACCUGACAUUCAGCCGACUAGCAUAACCUCAAUUCCACAUGACUUUUUUUUUAUUUUUAAGUAAUGAACAAAUACAUGUUUUAAAUUGCCCCAAAAGUUUUACACUUUGAAAGAAGACAGACUGCACAAUUACUCAAAUGGUAGCAAUACCAUUACAAAGCUUCCAGAAGGCCCUGGUUAGCUUAUCUUAACAUUUAGCUAAAUUGAUCUGAAGUAAAAAUGAUCGGAUUUUUUUAAAAGAUAGAGGAGUUCGUAGGCCUCUUCGGUGGAAUCCUCCCAUGGGACGUGAGGAGGAGAUUAGCUGCUUGCCAAUAUCAACUAGCAUCUUCCAAUCCCACGCCAUGGCUAGCUGUCCAGUUUCUGGUUUGGUAGCGGGAUGGUGAGGCUAUUUCUGUCUCUAAUGAAUGUUGGCACAGAGAUGGAAUUGGCAGCUCUCAAGGGCAAGGAGUUGAUGGUGUUCCUCUUGCUCUCAAGGGCUGCUGCCAGACUCUUGAGGACCUGAUUGUGGUGUAGCCGCCUUGUGUGAGGCUGGUCCUAUAGCUGGUCAAGAUGUGUUUGAGAGUCACUGAAUUUGGGCAGAGGGCGCAGGUUGGGUCCUUGCCAUACCACCGGUGAAGGUUUUUUGGGGAUGGGAGCAUAUUAUAUGUAGCUCUUAUGGUGAAAAUGAUGUUUCUUGCUUCCAUUCCAUUACAUUCCUUGCCUCCACAUGAGCUUUCUCCUCUCCAUGCCUUCCCACCUCAUCCAUUGUCCCUGCUUUGCAAGAGAGACAACCUUUGUGCUUCUUCCAGCCUCCUCCUGACAGCGCACCUCCUCUCCCACCAUUUUCCUCUUGUGUGAGGCUGAAGCUUUGUGCCAAGUUGGUUUAUUCACUGCAACACCAAAUCUUCUUCUUCCCAGCUGGACAUGCCCCACAAUGUCAUUGUGCUUCAGGGCUGACAUAGCGUGCUGCACUCCGUCGGAUGGUGUCCAUUUCCUCCCCGUUAACAGAGGUGGUACAGCAUUGCUGACGGUCUGAUCUCUGGAGUCCUAUAAUGUCAUCUGUAGUCUCACUUUAGAGCACUUGUAUCCUUCAGUGAGGCUUGUGAUAGGUAGUUCAAGGACUCCUUUGCCGUAGAUGCCAAUGUUGGUCAGACAGUGUAGGACCCCAAGCCACUUCUUCACAUACAUACAGUAGGUUCUCUCCAUCUUCUCCCCUGUUGUUAUUGGGACCUUGUACAUCGUGAGUGGCCACAUUACCCUAGGGAGAAGUCCAAAUUGCAGGCACCAAAGUUUGAGCUUCCCUGGCAUCAUUGUCUUGUUGAUGGUGUCCAGUCUGGUGGUGAUGUCCUGCCUUAGUACAUGCACCUGAUCUUUGUCCCUUAGGCUUGCAUUGUACCAUCUGCCCAGGCUUUUGACGGGUUGCUCUGACACAAUCGCUAUUAGGUCGUCACCAAUGCAGAACCUCACAUUCUCAAGCUCUCCCUUGACUAUUGAGAUGCUUUGUGACUUAUUCGGCUUGAUUUUCAUCUGGUGGUCAUGUCAUCCAUGGAUGCUCGGAUAGGUGGAAGGCGGGUUCCGUUUUUUGUUCGCUCGCCUCCCACUACCCAUCCAGAGGUCCUGAUGAUGAUUUCUAUGGCCAUUGUGAAUGCCAGGGGUGAGACUGUGCAGCCUGCCAUGAUGACUACUUGUAGACGCUGCCUUGAUGUUGUGUAGUGGGCUGUUGUGAAGCACAGUUGCAGGUCUUCAAAGUAGGCUUUCACUAGAGCAGCGAUGGAUAAUGGAACGUGGAAGAAGUUGAAGGAUUCCCAGAGGAGGUUGUAUGUAUGUAACCUCGAGGAAGGUUACAUGGAGGUCUCUUGUGUCCUUCUUCGCCAUUUGGAUAUGGCGCCAGAUCAUACUGGUAUCCUCCAAGCAACCAGAGAACCCUGGGAUGCCGGCCUUCUGUAUAGAUGUAUCAAUGUACUUGUUCUUCUCCAGAU